AUGGACAAACACUUCUUGAUGGUUUUCUUCCUUUUCUGCUUCAUUGUAGCAGCGACACCACUGAAGUGCCUGACAUGCCACCUUCACACACGGACAGAUCGCUGUAGAAGAGGCUUUGGUUUCUGUGUUGCUCAGAAGUAUGAGUCAUGCAUGACUUUAAAGAUCUUCCAGGAUAACAUUCUGCAGUUAUCAUAUAUGGUGUGUCAGAAAUUCUGCAGAGACUUGACCUUUGAUUUCAACAAUCGGACUUACAUUCAUAAGUGUUGCAAGCAAAAUUUUUGUAACCUCAAAAUCUAAAAUAUUCGCCCUCCAGAGGUCUCACUUUAGAAUGAUGUCAAUGUUUCUCCCCUUUCAUGCUCCGUACGCCCUUGCUUUCCUGCCUUAUCCAUCCUCAAUGUACUGCAGCUCUCUUCACUUCAGUGUCAUCUUUCCUGAUGCUUCCAGCUUGGUUUCUACCUUAGUCAGAGGAUAAUG